AUGGCGGCGGAGCGGCGUCCUCGGGGCUGGCUCUGGGUGUUGCUCUGCGCCGGAUCCUGGUCCGUGAUAUCAGGCCAAAACGAAGAGGUGGUCUCAGUUCCUGAGAAUCAGGCCGUAAACCUACCGUGUAGAGCUACAACUGGACAGGGUACACCAACACGCCAGGAGUGGAAAUUCCAGGGUUCCGGUAGCACAGAGUUUGUGUACUAUCUGGGCAAGCUGACAGAUAACUACAAGGACCGUGCUAUAUUUUAUCCCAACGAGCUUCAUCUCAAGUUGGUCACCCGCAAAGAUUCGGGGAAAUACACCUGCCAGGUUGUUGGCUCCGCUGGGCUUCGUGAGACUAUCGUGGACCUUGUUGUCCAAGUUCCACCCUCCAAGCCUAAGGCUGUAGCGCCCUCCUCGGUCACCAUCGGCAACAAAGCAGUCCUGACUUGCGUGGAGACGGAUGGUUCCCCGCAGCCCACCUUCAAGUGGUACAAGAAUGACAUCGUCAUGCCCGAGGACCCCAAAACCAACACCCUCUUCAAGAAUUCCUCCUACACGCUUGACCCCAAGACGGGGGUUCUGACAUUUGAACCAGCGACGGACUUUGAUGCCGGUGACUACUCUUGCGAGGCUGAUAACAAAGUCGGGGUUCCCCAGAAAUCAGAAGCUGUCCGCUUGGAGCCCACUGAGGUCAACGUCGGUGGCAUCGUGGCAGCCGUGGUGGUGCUUCUUAUCGUCUUUGGGCUAGUAGGCUUCGGCAUCUGGUUCGCCUACAGCCGGGGGUACUUCAGUAAAAGAAGAGACUCCACCAACAAGAAGGUCAUUUACAGUCAGCCUUCCAACCGGAGCGAUGGUGAAUUUAAACAGACGUCGUCCUUCUUGGUCUGAUCCUCUGCCCUGGGC